AUCUUAAAAAUCAAUCAACAUUUCUAAACAUUUUCAUUUUACAACUUCCAUGGGAAGGUCUCCUUGUUGUGAGAAGGCUCAUACAAACAAAGGGGCUUGGACUAAGGAGGAAGACGACCGUCUUAUUGCUUAUAUUAAAGCUCACGGCGAGGGUUGUUGGCGCUCCCUUCCUAGGGCCGCCGGCCUCCUCCGCUGUGGCAAGAGUUGUCGUCUCAGAUGGAUCAAUUACCUUCGUCCAGAUCUUAAACGGGGAAAUUUCACUGAAGAUGAAGAUGAAGUCAUCAUCAAACUCCAUAGUCUCCUCGGGAACAGAUGGUCGUUGAUAGCUGGAAGAUUACCUGGAAGAACGGAUAACGAGAUCAAGAACUAUUGGAACACUCACAUAAAGCGAAAGCUCUUAAGUCAAGGAAUUGACCCAACGACACAUCGGGCAAUCGUCGACCCAUCAUCUCCGGCAACCACCAUAUCCUUUGCUUCCAAUUCCGCCGUGGAAGAUCAGGAGGAUAGAAAGAAACCAGUUAUCAAUUCUUCUCCGACAGAGAAACAACAUCUUUUAGAUUUGAACCUCGACCUCAAGAUCAGCCCGCCGUACCCGGUGGCUGCCGGGGCGGCGAUGAAGAAUGAAGGGAGAAAUAGUGUUUGCUUUUCUUGCAGUUUGGGGUUUGAGAACAGUAAAGAUUGCAGGUGUGGAAAUGGUAAAAAUAAUAUUAUUGCUUCAAGUGAUAAUAGUAAAGGGUUUGAUUUUUUGGGAUUGAAAAGCUGUGUAUUGGAUUGUAGAACUUUGGAGAUUAAAUGACCUUACAAAUUGAAAACUGA